AAUGAAUGAAGAAGCACUCUUAGCCAUUAAAGAGAUAUCCUAUGCUGUCAAUUUUGUAGAGUUAUCAUCUAAGUUAGAGAAUUCUGCGAACCAAGCCUUUAUAAAUAUUCGAAUUAAAGAAAAUAAAGACUUAACAGUUGAGUUAACUCAAAGCGGCUUUCGAAUUGUUGCCGAAAAGUUUGAUAGCAAUACAAUAGUUGACGGAACGUAUUAUACAACAAUAAACGCUCUCUUAGAUGCGAAUUCCGUUGCCUAUAGAAACGACUUCGCGGCCGCUUUAAAUUCGAAACUGACUGAACUAGCAGCUAAAAAUAAAGACUCCAGUUAA